AUUGUCUCCGAUUUCCUGGGGCAAAGGGGUGACUUAGCUAAAUUUGAAAUCGAUGUGCAGGAAAAGUACAGCAUGAAUUGCUGCACAAGUGUAUCUAAAAUUAAAAACAUAACCCUUAAUAUUAAUAUUCAUACUUACUGGUGUAUGAUAAGGCUUUGUUAAUUGAAUUAUAAGAUAAAACUAAAAAUAGGUAAUUAAUUUUUUUUUAAGUAAGUAUAAACAGUAAAAAUAAAAGGAUGUUGACUUCGGCUUGUGCAUUUUAUCUGGGAAUGUUGAAAAAUAUCAGAUAUCACUGACACGUCCUGUAUAUGAAAGUAAUCAGUGAAAUAAAAAAAGAACAGCACCGCUGGCGGUCCCGCCAAAAGGUCCCUGGAGGAAGACUGUCCUCCAUGACGUGUUUACAUGCAGCGCCUGACAACGCCUGCCCAUUUAACUCCUUAUUUAUCAGGAGUGUGUUGUUGUGCAGUGGUGUUUGGUGACUUGACUCACCAACACCAACCUGUCACCCAGUCAACCUAGUCCUGCCACCACCAGUCACCAUCAGUCACCACCAGGCACCACCCAGACAUCACCAGCCGGCGUUGGGCCCUGGAUGAAGCAGUCUGGCGUGAGGUGGAGCAUCGAGACGAGCCAUGAAUAAUGUGAGCGUUAACCCCAUGGAGCCAAUGGGUGUGCGAGGCAAUGCUCCGGCCACCUUUGAGUACAGCCAUAACAGGUUCCCCAAUGGUCUCCCCACUGGCCUUCCCCCCCCUCCUCUUCCAGGCAUGGGCAUCAUUGUGCCCGGCCAGCCCCCGCCCCCCCCAUCCCCCGCCAUUCCCCAACCCUGGUAUGAUGCGUCCCAUGCAUGACGGCCCACAUCCCCCCCUCCCCCCAAUGCCUCCCCUCCCCCCUCCAUCACCCCACCACAUGCCCCCUCCCAUGCACGCUUUGCCGCCACCGCCGCCGCAAAUGCUCCACCAGCCCCCUCCCCCCCCACCUCAGGCCAUGGCUAAUAUCCCCAUGCCUCCUCCCCCCCCGCCCACAGUUCACCAUGCCCCCACCUAGGGAGCCACCCCCUCUCCCCCCACCCACUACACAGCUUAAUUUUCACCCUCCUCUCCCGCCUGGGCCUCUGCCCCCCUCUCAGAUUCCUCACCGCCUCCCCCAGCCUCCCCCACAGACACCCCCACCACCUCCCCUCCCAUGUACACCCCCUCCUCUCCCCCCCACCACCGGGUAUCAGGGCCAGCCACCCCUACCACCACUCCCGCCACCCCCAACACCACAACACAAACCUGAUGUGUCUAAAUUACCCCCUCCACCACUGCCAAAAGACCCACCUCCCCUACCAGAGGCUAAGAAAACCACUACCACUCCCAACACACUCCCUGCCACAGCACCACCACUCCCAAAGCUCCCAUUCCCCACCACACACGCUGCACACACCACACAAACAAAGCCCAAGAAGCCACAGGAGGAGACAGAGAGACCCAAGCCCAUCCCUAGCAUCAUCACACCACGGCCGUCAUUCACCAAGGUCACCACCACCACCACCCUCACCACGGGGGCCAGGGUGACGUGCAACACCACCGCGCCGACACGCGAAGACACACCAUCACCGCCCAUCAAUGCACCAUCGCCAGACGAGGAUGAUGACCCAAUACCGUCAGCGGAUCUAUCCAGCGAUGAUGCGUAUGACCCCGAGGACCCAAUGUUCUCCCCGAGCUACGACAGCGACUCCCCGUCUCCAAAAGAGGACAGCGUUGACUCCCUCAUCGACAAGUAUGUGAGGAGACUCGGCAAUGCGCAUCCAAGUAUCCACAAGUCCUCCACAUCCUCCACCUUGGCCAAGAAGUCCUCCAGGCACCACAGACACAGGGAGAAGAGGAAGAAGUCAUCACACGCGUCGGUCUCGCCGCCUUCAACGCCAAGCCCGACCAAAGGUGAGAAGGUGGCCGUGGGAAGCUCCCCCGCCCGGCCGAACCUUGACGCAAGACUCAAGAUCAUGUUUGGUGGUACGCCGGUGACACAGAAGGAGAAACGAGUGAAGGACAAGGCAAAGAGGAAACUCAAAAAAUCUCUUAAGCAAUUCCCUCGGCCGCCAACCCCACCCAACACUCAACCUACAUCUUCUUCAACCACUGCCUUACCCCCAUCCCCUGCUGCCAUGGCGCCCCAGCCCCCAGCGUCCUUGCCUCCCCCAACGCCAAUCACCACCACUGCAACUACCACCACUGCGCAACCAGACGACGAUUUCGAGCGACCUCUCUCCCCGACACCAUCUCCGUUUCUGUCACGCCACAUGUACCUGUACUGGCACCGGGAGACACUGAGGGCACGGAGAGGCAGCGUGGAGACGAAAACCAAGACCACGCAGGCCCAGACGAAGCCUCAGAUUAACGGCCAGGCUCUUGUCACGUCCCCACUCAAGGCAACCAUUCCACCUCUACCGAAAAACCUGCCUACCGUUCCCCCGCCAAACUACCGGGCCCCCAUGGCACCUCCUGCAGGUAAGCCAGUGCGGGAGCCAUCGCUGAAGGCCGAAAUUAUGCGAAACAUCACCCGUAUGCACCCAUAUAAGAGCAGCGAUGGGCAGGGACAUGGAGUGAGGCCAAAUGCUGAUGCGGAGUUGGAGAUCAGCAGUGAGGUGAGUGGAGAGGAGCAGGAGGAGGCCAUGGAAGGCGUGGUGGAGGUGGAGACAGUAAGGCUGGUGCUGGAUCGGAUAGUGGAGGAGCUGAAGCACGCACUCCGCCAGCACCUCACGAAGGAUUUAGUGGAUACACGCGUCUCGGUUUGUUUUGAAGGGACAGAUGGGGACUCGUAGUGUGGCUUCUGCAGUACAAAGUGGACACGGUGGUAGAUGCAGGGUGGACUUGACUAAACGGUGAGGUAUGAAGAGGGUGAAAGGUUGUCAUCUUUCUCACUGCUUAGAUACAGUGAGUGAAUUGGUGAAUGGGACAAGUUAGUGAAAGAAAAAAAAUGAAAGAUCUUGUUUGUUCUCUCUUGAAAUGUGAAGGAAAUGAGAUUAGCAGUGGAAAAUGUAGGAUGUGAAAAACAUUGUUGGCUUCACAUUUGAAAACAGUGAAGGAAACUGGCAAAAUGGGAAGGAAGCAAAGCAUAUAGGAAGAAAAAAUGAAUGGAAUGAUGAGAAAACAAGACAAUCAGUGGAAAAAUAGCAAAAGGAUGAAGAAAACAAGAUUGAAGAAAGGGAGAUAAAAAAACAAGCUGUAAAGAUGGAGGUGAGGGACUUUCUUUACUCCCUCCUUAAAAAAAAAGAUAAAAAACAAACAAAACUGAAGAAAACAAGACAAAACCAGCAAAAACAAAAAAACAAAACAACAAAACUCAAUCAUGCCUUCCUAGACUUAAAUAAAAAAGACAAAGAAAAUAUAAAAAAUAAACAAGAAAUAAACAAAUCAUUCAGUUUGUGUUGUAUUCCCCAAACUCCCCAACACCCCCCCUGUGUGACCUGCAAUGCCCCUCCCUCCCCCCAUGGCUUGCUGUGGCAAAUGACGUGGUGACAAGUGGUGACGAGUGGUGACCGCCUCGUCUGAGCUUGUCGAGAUGAGUCGCGUUAGCUUGUUGAUGGUUAGAUUAGGAAAGAUUUCAUUAUUAUUGUUUUUAUUAUUAUUAUGGGUAUUUUUAGUCAUCGCCCUAAAGAGAAGUGUAUUGUUUGCUAUUGUAUGGAAGUUAAAAUCUGUAUAUGAUGAUGUAUUUAUUUGUUUUUUUCUCAUUAUUCUAACUGUUUUGCUAUUAUUUUUUUUCCUCCUGACAGUUGCCUAUAUAUAAAUUCAUACAAAUUAUUGGUAAGGUGGAAUACGCGAAUACUUUGUUCUGUAGUGUGUAUGUGUGUGUAUAUGUUGAUGUAUUUAUUUAUUAGUCUUUUCCUCACUAUUCUACUUCACUAUUCCUUUCUCCCUCACAGUUGCCGGUACACUUAAGUUCAUACAAAUUCACUCUAGGCUUUUGAGUUUUGUAUGAAAAUCUGUAUAUGAUGGUGCAUUUAUUUUUCCAUUAUCUUAACCCGGUAUAAAUUUUUUCCCUCUCCUCAGUCACCUAUACACAAAUUUACCUAAGGUGAAAUACACUGUUUAUUAGUGUAUGCAAAUGUUUCUGUAUAUGACGGUCUAUUUAUAUAUUGUGUCAUUAUCUCCACCAUCACAGUUAAUUCUUCCCUCCUGAGAGUCGCACACACACCAAUAUUUUCAGUCAUUAUUUUUGUACUUGCCUUGUAAAUAGUUUUGCAAAGAGAAAGACAGGAAUUACUUACCAUGGCAACGUUUGUGUCCGAGUGCAUCAUUCCUCAGUGUGACUGCCUAUCCAAUUAACUUCUAACUCACCUGUUUACGUAAAUACUUGUCGGAUAUUCAGAUUCACAGUCAAGGAAAUAGAAAUCAGUGAGGCAUUUCUGACCACCUCUCUCUCUCUCUCUCUCUCUCUCUCUCUCUCUCUCUCUCUCUCUCUCUCUCUCUCUCUCUCUCUCUCUCUCUCUCUCUCUCUCUCUCUCUCUCUCUCUCUCUCUCUCUCUCUCUCUCUCUCUCUCUCUCUCUCUCUCUCUCUCUCUCCAAUGUUUGAGAUACCAACCCAAACUAUGUGAUUUUAAUUGAUUCUUUUAUUUAUUUACAUGUGAUUGAUAAAGUGUUUGUUAUAUUUUUCUUCUAUUGCAGCCACAGAGAAUAAGUUGCAAUAUGGUGAUGUUUGAGUGACAGGUUUGGAAUUUGAAUGGAAUCUUUACAUUUUAUUUGGUAACAUUAUUCAGUACCUCUUUCUUGCAGUAUUAUUGUUUGUUUUUAUUAUUAUUACUGAGUUUUAUUGAUAUUUAAAAUUUUGUGUCUGUGCAUCUCUCUAUCUUGCAUUGUUGUUGUUUUAUCAUUAUUAUUAUUGUUUUUCUUGAUAAUGACUAAUAUUUUGUGUUUAUGCACCUCUUUGUUCCUCCCUCUAUCAAUAUUUAUUUACUCCUUAAGAAAUUGGUAAUAUUUUCUGGUCUAAAUUAAGGAUGUGUCUCAUUUUAUUAUCUUAAUUACUGGUGUUGUUUUCAUUCAAAUUUUUCAGUCCAAUGCAUUCAUUAGUCUUCUCUAAUUUGAAUUUAUGCUACAUUUAAGGAGGGUUAUUUAUUUAUUUUAAUUUUUUUUUAUUCAUGAGGUGUUUCUUGCUUGUUAUCAUAUUUAUUAGUGUCUAGUAUCAUACUGUUGUUUUAAAAAUGUGUGUGAUUCAUAUUAGACUUAUCACAGUUUCUCUAUUAGUUUUUUUCACGUUAAGUGAUUACUCUAUUGAUAUAAAAUUGCAAAACUGUACUUCAAAUUUUCUGUGACUCUUUUUGAAGCCAUAAAUACAUUAGUCUAUAAAAUUAAUGCAGUACAAAGUUUGGGUAAUGUUUCAAAUGACUUGUUUUUGGAAAGUACAUCUUGCAAAACUUGUAAAUUUGCAUAACAGAACCAAAUAUUUUUCUCUAUGAUAUUUUUAACUUGCAGUGUCAUAAAUAUAUUCUCCCUUAUUUUGUUAAUUGACAUGAUACUUAUAAAUGUAAACUUCAUAACUUAUUUUCUGAACUUAAACUUGUACAUUUGAGGUUCACGACAGGACACACUGCCGGCACCUUCUGUGACUGGCAGGACUUGUGUACUGACACCUCACAACAGGACUUGUCUAUGUGUGCCACUCCCACCAUUGUGUUAAUGAGUCAGUCUCUCCCAGUAAUGUCUGUUGCCCCGUCUAUCAGUCUGUCAGUCUGCCGGCCAGCCCAGUGCAUUGUUCUCAUGUAAGUAGAUGUCUGUCUGUCUGUCUGUCACUUGUACCCUGCCUGUACUCUGCCACAAGUCCAGGGAAGGAGUCAAGGGUUGGCAAGUCUCUCCCUGUCACUUGUACCCUGCCCGUACUCUGCCACAAGCCCAGGCAACACUCCACAUGCUGUGAGUUGACAUUUGACAAGGUUACAGAAGUCAUCACAAGAUCUUUGCUGUUAUUUCCUGUUUCCUUGUGUUUCUCAGGUAUUAUUGAUGAAUUUAUGCCAUUAUUUAUUGAUUUUUCCUGUGUGUUUGAAUGAUGCUACAUUUUCUCUACAAUCUUGAAGUGUUGAUGCUGAAUAAUGCUCUUAUUUAUUGAUUUUUAUUAACUUUUCUGUUUUUGAUAAUGAUAUAUUUCCACCAAAGUCUUGAGGUAUUAAUGAGACAUCUAUGCUAUUUUUUAUCUAUUCAUGUGUGUUGGUAACAUAAGUGUUUGUGGGCAGAUGGAGUGAAGGUGUGGCGGUGUGUUCGUCAAGUGUCUGGCAUGGCGGGGCUGGCAGUGAGACAAGGUUGGGUUUAGAAAGGUUUAAUUAUUGUGUUUCUGGUUCAUACUCUGUUUUUCUUAACUAACUGAAGUGGAUCUUUAUAUUUCAUUUCACUUUAUUAUUUUCUCCUGUGGAUGAUUACCAAGAUGGAUUUAAAGGUUUAUAAGGCAAGACUAAGUUUGAGAAGGUCUAGUUAUUGUGAUCUUUCAUCCUGGUUCAUACUCUGAUGUUUGUUUUUCUCUAUAGCUAAUUGACAUAAAGCUUGAUAUUUCACUUAUCAUUGUUUUUUCUGGAUGAUAAAUGCAGUACUGUAGAUUUAAAGGUUUAUAAUGCAAGGCUAGGUUUGAAAAGGUUUAGUUACUGUGGUUUCAUAUUGUUUUUCAUCCUCUAAUGCUUGUUUUCCUUUUAGCUAAUUGAAGUAAAUCGUGAUAUUUCAUUUAACAUCAUUAUUUUCUCCUAAGGUAGAUAUAGAGGUGAAUAUGAAAGAUAAUAUUCAGAACUUGUAUCUCAAACAUUAUCAUUCUCUUGUUUUGUGUUUCCAUUUCAUUUAACGUUAUUAUUUUCCCGUGUGGAUGAUGAUUGAGGCAGACGUGGAGGUGAAUAUGAAGGACAUUAUUCAGAACUUGUAUUCCAAACAUUAUGAUCUUGUUUUGUGUUUCCAGUGGCAGGAUUUUGUGUUGGAGUCGUGGUGUUUGUGUGAGUCUCUUCUGGAUGGCUGCUCUGUGUCACUAACUCUGCUUCUUGCCUGUUCCUCGGUCCUGGUGCAGCUCGUCAAGUUGAUUAUGCACUAUUUCAGUUACCAGCUUUUGUGAUGUGAGAGAGAGGAGUGCUUGAGUGAUGAAACCUUUAGAUGACAUACUCUUGACUGUUUUAGUGAGUGUCGCUGUGUUUCAUGAGAGAGGAAUGCUGGAGUGAUGUCAAUUUAAAACAUCACAUAGUUGUUUGUUUCAGUGAGAUUUAGUCACUGUUUCAUAAGAGAGAGGGAUGUUGGAGUGAUAUCGGCUGAGGUGUGUGUUUGAGUGAGGCUCUGAAAUGAGAAAGAGGUAGUGGAGACUGUGGGAGAAGGUUUGGAGACUAUGAGAGGCUUGUGUGAUGUGUGUCCUCUCACUCGUCAUAGUUCUGGGAUUAUUUUAAAUGAGAGGAAUGGAUGCCGUGAGAAGCUUCCAUGAUGUGUGUCCUUUCACUCAAUUUUACAGCACCCAGUGUGUCAUGCAGACUGUCACCAUCACACUGGUAGUCAUGCAGUGUGGGGCUUACUCAUGUGAUGGAGGUAAUGAGUUAUUCUUGUUAGGUCAGUCAGUUGGUCAGUCAGUCAAUCAGUCAACACUUGUGGCCACCACCCUCCAGACUCCUGUGGGGCCAGCCAGGUCCUGUGUUUCUGGUAGGGGCUGUUACGGGUAGGGGAACAGCCUGCUGCCCUCCCUGCCAGCAGCUGUGUGGGUGGCAGGGCAGAACAGGUUGCGGCAUAGCACAGAGAGGCAGGAGGGAUGUGUGGGACUCUCACUGAGGUCGUUUGACACCAGGGAAGCUUGGUCUUGCUGUCACCUCUUGGUCUUAAUCACAUUGUUUACACUGUUUGUUUUAUUGUCACAGUUUUAAUGAAGAUAAAGUGCUUUGCUUUACCACACACACACACACACACACACACACACACACACACACACACACACACACACACACACACACACACACACACACACACACACACACACACACACACACACACACACACACACACACACAGCCGUUGUACUGUCCUGUCUCCCUAACGCAUAGUAGACCUUCACCACUGAUUGCUCUUGAUAUAUUUUGAUAAAUGUGCAGUAUUGUAGCGGUUUACACCUUUUGUAACGUGUGAUUGUAAUUACCACUUGUGUACUGGAAUAGUAUUUUUGUGAAGUGUAUCACAAUGACAGGAAUUGCAGACUUUGGGAAUUAUUAUCACAUUGAUGUAUAUGGCUUGUCUAGGUGGCUGGAUGGAGUGGCCAUUCAUUGAGGCGUGUCACCACAAACUUGUACAUGUAUAAGUCACUGACGUGUUGGCGACGCGUGGAGAGAGUAGAGUUAAGGUUAGCACUCUGGCAAGACGCAGCAAUGCACCAACACCUCAGUGACCAGGAGGCUCGUACACGGGACUCGACGAGGCUCACACCACUGCAGGCCGCCUGCUGACUUGCCGCUGCCGAUGUGUAAGUCCCGGGGCUCAGCAGGAUGGCGGGGCUUGGCAGGGCUCGGCGGGGCUCGUCUUGACUCAGAGGGGCUCGCGCUCCACCACCCGCUGCCUGCUUCCUUGCCGCCACUGGUAUGUAAGUCUGUUGCAGAUUUGAGCUUUGGUUUGGGGCAAGGAUAAGGGUGACAGAGCCUGAGAGUUAGUACAACAUCUUGAUCACUGGGUAUUGGUGUAUAGGUCUUCCCUGUAGCUGUGUGUUGUGUAUUUAGUGUGACAUUAUCAACAAUACAUGUUAGUAACAAUAA